UCUCUCUCUCUCUCUUUCUCUCUGCCCCUCCCCUGCUUGUGCACUCUUUCUCUCUCUCAAAAAUAAAUAAAUAAACUUAAAAAGAGUUUAAUUACUUCUCAUCUCAACCCUUGUAGCAGGUGCCAUUAUUACAACUGAGGAAAUGAAGACUUCAAGAGGUCAUAGGCCUCGUCCUGGGUCAGGCAGCUUGACCUGACAGUGGUUUGAACCAAAACCGUCUUUCUUCCCUCUUGAACCUGCAAGUGAAAUGGGCAACCAAGGUCUGGCUAAGAGCCUGGAAGGCCUUGCUGAACAGUGACCCUCUUGGCCUUCUGCUUCCUGCAGCUUUUUCCUGCAGGUGCUCUGUGUGGAGGAGAGUCAGGAUUACAACGCAGAACAGAUCUAUCUGUGUGAUUCAAUUCAGUGAACUAGGAUGAGGUGAGGUGGCAGCCGUUAGAUUCAGUAUAGCAUCAGCCACAAUUAAGAUUUCAAGCUGUGGUUGUUGAUGUUAAGGUGUCCGUGGCUUUCAAACUCUAUCCAGAGGCGUGCUGGAAAAUAAAACCUUCCAUAUUGGUCUGAAGAAAGGUUUUAUAGGUUCCAAAUGAGAGCAGCCUAGAAUGUGGAGUCAGAAAACGUCCCCAUGGAAAGGAAAGCUAAAACAAUCAAUAUCGACACGAUGAGCUCAGCCAUCACCAGAAAUCCCUCCAACAUAAAAGAUGGUUUGAUAAUAUAUUGCAGAUGAGACUUGGGCAAGGAUCCUCCACAAGGAGACUAGAACCGUUGCCAAAUUCAAUCAGGGACACCCAGGUGUCUUCCUUAUCCAAUCAAGAGACCAGAGUCCCCCUCAAAUUCAAUAACAGUGACCGUGAAAAAUGGCACGAGGAUGUCAAUUAAGUCAUCAAAGAACACUGCAAAUCUUCUCUAUUGCAUUAUGACCACUAUCUGAGUGGGCACUGUGUCAACGGAAAGAAAUCCAGGGGGGGUGGGGAGUGAACACAAAACAUUUUAAAUGCGCCACUCUUCACCAGGCCCUUUUGAGGAAAAGGGAUUGCACAGACCCUCGAGGACUGAUUUCGGUUACAUCCAGAAAAACUAACUCCAAGGAAUAGGAAUUUAGCAAGGAAAUAAAGGGUAACUGAAACGUCGCGGAAGAAGGUAGCUCCUUUUGCUCUGUUCACCGCCCAUCAGGCUUCUGAUCUCCGUUCUUGGUUCCCAGGUGCACCGCCUACCAGGACAGCAGGCCCUGAGCAAAUGUGCCUUCCUGGGAGACGUCGCACCCAUCCCCGGGCAAUCCUGUCAAUCCUACCUCCAAAGGGCACUGUAUCUGCCCACCCCACCCCCAUCCCCACCCCCAACACCUUGGCCCAGGCCAUGUGGCUCCCUCCGGCCAUGUCACUCUCUCUUGACCUUUAACACUGCCGGCGUGGCCCACACAGCAGCCACAUGGGUCUUCUCAAAAUCCCAAUCUGCCUUCAAUCGUUUAGGAACAAAACUCAUAGUUUCAGAAAUGGUAUAAACAUUUGUCUGACCAUCUGAUUAAGCUCUCACCGAAAGAAGAAAGAUUCAAAAAAACCAGAUCAUCUCACCAUAAAACCGACAAAACCAGAAGUAGAUUCGUCUGUUCGAAAUCAGAAACCCUUAGCGCUUUAAAUCCACACACACGAAGUUAAAUGUUGACAGGACAACAAAUUGUAGCAAUCACCUCAGGAAAUAAAUAAAUCCUGACAAUAAAUAGAUCUCUCUCUCCGCUGUGACUGAAUCCACGAUAGAGUAUAAUAUUCUACGUCAGUUUUUCCACAUUGCUGAAUUUUCUGUGUAGGUAAAAAAAAUACUGGAAAUGAUCAGAUUUAAACGUGGUUAUUCAGUAUGAAAUAGAACUUGCGGUUUAAAACAGAAACACUACAGAGAGUAAUUAGUCGUGGCAACGUAAAUCAUACCAAAAGGUAAAGCAUGUAGAAAAGAACGGACAAAUUGAGCAUCAGUUAAAUUUAAAAAUCCAAGGCAUUUUGUUUUGAGACAUCUUUGAGCUCGCUGAGCAGACACUGGAAGCAAAACUCCCCUCCUGGGAUGGAAAAAUUUAUGGGCAAGAAGUUACGGUCACAAUUAAAUGGUGGCAGACAAGGCCAAGGGGGAUUCAGUCCCUUUAUGAGUCUUUUGAUGGAUGAACGCGUGGGGACGGCAACCAGUAGGCAACAGAACAAUGUGGGAAGGGUGAUAAAGAGAGGAAAGAGCAUUGCCAUGACAGAAGCGUUGGCUAGAGCAGAGACCAUGGCUGGGUUCACCAGAGAGAGUGCUCCCUUCCACAGCACCUGUUUAUUAUCAUAUAAAAGUCAGGGGCACCUGGGUGGCUCAGGUGGUUAAGCGUCCACCUUCGGCUCAGGUCAUGAUCUCACAGUUUGUGAGCUCGAGCCCCACGUCAGGCUCUGUGCUGACAGCACGGAGCCUGGAGCCUGUUUCAGAUUCUGGGUCUCCCUCUCUCUCUGCCCCUCCCCUCCUUGUGCCUUCUCUCUCAAAAAUAAAUAAACAUUAAAAAAAAUAAAAAUCAGGUUGUGCGCAUUUUCCUAUUGAACUUCUUUGUGAAAUAAACUUUUAUAACAGUAAAAUAAAAUAAAAUAAAAUAAAAUAAAAUUCAAAUCUGACCACCGCAAUUCCUCUGCUUCAAUGGCUUCCAACUAAUCUCAAAAUUCUGACUCCCCGACUUGGCCCACUAAGUGCUCACAGUAGGAACCCCUCCGUGGCUCCAGCCCCUGCGGCCAUAGGGCCUGUAACCAUCUCCUGGACCACACCCUCCUCCUUACCUCAGGCUAGCUGAUUUCUCAGCCUUCCAGAAUCUUCUGGGGGAGCCCCCCCACCCAAACCUGCUAUCUCCUCCCCUCAUUCUCAGGCACAACACUCCCCUUUACUUCUCCUUCUCUCAAGCUGCCAUCCCUUUGUUUAUGAGUGACUCUGCCAUAUAACCGGGGAACCCCAGCUCCUAGCUCAGUGCUGAGCCCAGAGGGGCUAGUCCCCAGAGGCUUAUUUAGGCUUCCCACAAAGAUUAUCAAAACAGGAGCUUAUCUGCACAAUGACAGUCCACAUAUGAGCCAAGAUUAAAGGCCCCAUAAACCCUGAACACAUGAAGGGUCUCAACAGAACAACUGAUUAACUGAGGGGCUUUUCGUGUAAAUCACUCCCCCUUGGAAACCCAGCUCUAGAUUAUUUGGGACAUUUUCUCUUCAGACAGAUGGUUAUUUCCUUCAAAGUGGAUGAGGAAAUUGUUCCUGAGAGCUUUGGAAGACCGUCAUGAAGGAAAACUCCAGUUGUUAAGCUCCCCGGGAUUAAUGCCUUUUGUCCCUAACUAAAUAAAAUAAUUAUAUUAACCGAGGAUGGAGGGCGGCAUGGAGCAACCCUUUCAGAGAGUGACAGUGACAAUCAGGCAGCACUCCCUUUACCUGCAAAAUCUCACAAGUGUUCUCGUGGUUCCUUCCAGGUCCCAGGUGGGUCUGUGCUGUGCUGCUCCCCCAAAAGCAAGACGUGGAGUGAGGCUUGCUGGGCCAGUGGACUAGGAGGCGGAUGUGAGGUGUGCCCUUUCCGGUGGAAGCUUUAGGAGCCCACGGGUGCCUCCCCAGGGCCCUCGCCCUGCCCUGCUG